CCCUGUCAGCGUCCUAAACCUGUUUCUCCUUCAAAAUAUUGUUUUUCACUUGUUCCCAGGUCAAAACCUUUAUAAACCAUAGUUACUGAUUACUCUUUUCUGAUAAUUGCAGUAAAAUCCAUCGGGAAGUGAUUGAACUGAACGUGUUCACCAGCGCAGUCACAUUGAAACUGAAAGUGGUUUGAAACAGGAAGUGCUGAGUGUGAACAUGGCUUCCAGACAGCAGCUCCUGAGACUGACCGAGGAGGUAAUUUGUCCCAUUUGUCUGGAUUUCUUCACUGACCCGGUUAUACUGGAUUGUGGACACAACUUCUGCCGCUCCUGUAUCACCCAGAGUUGGGAAAAAAAGGAGAUAAACUCCUGCCCGCAAUGUAGAGAGGUGUUUCCGGAAAGAAACCUCAGGGUAAAUCGGGCCUUAGCGAAUCUGGCCGAGGAGGCUCGAAAAUUAAAGCUGGAUCCGAAAGAGAAGGAAAGUAAACCUCACUGUGAGAAACAUCAGGAAGAUCUGAAGCUGUUUUGUGAAACUGACAGGAAAUUGAUCUGUCUGAUUUGUCGAGAUUCGCGGGAACACAGAGAGCACCGCUUCCUGCCGAUCGAUGAGGCUGUUGAAAUCUACAAGGAUAAGCUGAAAUCUGCCUUAGAUUCACUCAGAGAGAAGAAAUCGGCUGUUCUACAAACUGAACUGACCCAGAAACGGAAGAUUUCCGAAGUGAGGGAACAGGCGAGCAGUCUGCAGACCCACAUCACAUCCGAGUUCACUAAAAUGCACCAGAUUCUCACUGAGAAAGAGCAGCGUUUACUCAGAGAUCUCAGGGAAGAAGAGGAGAGGAUUGUAGAACCAAUGGAGAAAACCCUUCGAGAGAUUCAGGAGAAUUUAAAUUCCAUUGAGGAGGAACUCUCAAAGUUGCAGAAACAGAUGGAGCAAAAAGACGAGCUGAUAUUUCUGAAGGAGGAAGCUGGUCGGAAGAGAAGGAGAAGUAAUGAGACAAAGACACUCUCAGCUGCUGAUGGCUCUCUGUCUCUCGGACAGUUCACUGGCCCUUUACACUACACAGUCUGGAGAGAAAUGUUGCACACUAUUAACCCAGCUCCAGCCUCUCUGACUCUGGAUCCUAACACAGCACAUCCCCGGCUCAUCCUGUCUGAGGACCGGACCAGUGUGAGACUCGGAGACAAACGGCAGCCGCUCUCUGACUCCCCGGAGAGAAUUGAUUCCUGGGAAUGUGUCCUGGGAUCAGAGGGAUUCACAUCAGGGAGACAUUACUGGGAGGUAGAGGUGGGGGAGAAGACUGAGUGGUAUCUGGGAGUGGCCCGAGAGUCUGUGGAGAGGAAAGGGGGAAUCACCCCGAGCCCGGAGAUUGGAUUCUGGAUUGUGUGGCUGGUAUCCGGAUGUGGUUAUUUUGCCGCCACCUCCCCCUAUUAUACCCUCCUCUCCCCGAGUGUGAAUCCCCGGAAAAUUGGGAUUUUCCUGGACUAUAAGGGUGGACAGUUAUCAUUUUACAAUGCGGACACCAUGUCCCAUCUCCAUACUUUCACCCACACUUUCACUGAGAGGCUUUUUCCCUUCUUCAAUCCGGGAGGGAAUGAUGAUGGGAAAAACUCCGCUCCGCUGAAAAUCUGCGGAUUAAAGGGCAAUGACAGAUCUAUAGAACAUAGAAAGAAACAGCGAAGUACAGGCCCUUCAGCCCUCGAUGUUGCACCGAUCCAAGCCCACCUAACCUGCACUAGCCCACUUUCCUCCAUAUGCCUAUCCAAUGCCCAUUUAAAUGCCGAUAAAGAGGGAGAGUCCACCACUGUUACUGGCAGGGCAUUCCAUGAACUCACUACUUGCUGAGUAAAGAAUCUACCCCUAACAUCUGUCCUAUAUCUACCACCCCUUAAUUUAAAGCUAUGCCCCCUCAUAAUAGCUGACUCCAUACAUGGAAAAGGUUCUCAUGGUCAACCCGAUCUAAACCCCUAAUCAUCUUGUACACCUCUAUCAAGUCACCCCUAAACCUUCUUUUCUCAAAUGAAAACAGCCCCAAGUGCCUCAGCCUUUCCUCAUAUGAUCUUCCUACCAUACCAGGCAACAUCCUGGUAAACCUCCUCUGCACCCGUUCCAGUGCCUUCCAUCCUUCCUAUAGUAUGGCGACCAAAACUGCACACAAUACUCCAGAUACGGCCGCACCAGAGUCUUAUACAACUGCAACAUGACCACAGGACUCCGGAACUCAAUUCCCCUACCAAUAAAAGCUAGUAAGCCAUAUGCCUUCUUCACAGCACUAUUUACCUGGGUGGCAACUUGCAGAGGUCUUUGUACAUGGACACCAAGAUCCCUCUGCUAAUCCACACUACCAAGUAUCCGACCAUUAGCCCAGUACUCCAUCUUCUUGUUUCUCUUACCAAAGUGAAUCACAUCACACUUAGCGACAUUGAACUCCAUUUGCCACCUUUCUGCCCAGCUCUGCAGCUUAUCUAUAUCCCGCUGUAACCUGCCACGUCCUUCCUCACUGUCAACAACUCCACCGACUUUAGUAUCCUCCGCAAACUUGCUCACCCAAUCUUCUAGCCCCUCCUCCAGGUCACUUAUAAAAGUGACAAACAGCAAUGGUCCCAAAACAGAUCCUUGCGGAACACCGCUGUUAACUGCACUCCAAGGUGAACCUUUACCAUCAACUACGAUCCUCUGUCUUCUUCCAGCCAGCCAAUUCCUAAUCCAAACUCCAACUCCCCCUCAAUGCCAUACCUCCGUAUUUUUUGCAGUAGUCUACCAUGGGGAACCUUGUCAAACGCCUUACUAAAAUCCAUAUACACCAUAUCUACUGCUUUACCCUCGUCCACCUCCUUAGUCACCUUCUCAAAGAAUUCAAUAAGGUUUGUGAGUCACGACCGGCCCUUCACAAAACCAUGCUGACUGUCCUUGAUCACAUUAUUCCUAACCAGAUGUUCAUGAAUCCUAUCCCUUACAAUUCUCUCUAAGACUUUGCCCACAACAGAGGUAAGACUCACCAGCCUAUAGUUACUAGAGUUAUCCCUACUCCCCUUCUUGAACAAGGGAACCACAUUUUCUGUCCUUCAGUCUUCUGGCACUAUUCCAGUAGACAACGAGGACAUAAAAAUCAAGGCUAAUGGCUCUGCAAUCUCCUCCCUUGCUUUCCAGAGCAUCCUAGGAUAAAUGCCAUCAGGCCCAGGAGACUUACCUACAUUCACCCUUUCCAGAAUUUCCAAAACCUCUUCCCUACAUAUCUCAGAGCCACCCAGUCUAAUUAAUUGUGACUCAAUAUUCACAUCGGCAACAAUGUCCUGUUCCUGAGUGAAUACUGACGAAAAGUAUUCAUUCAGUGUCUCCCCAAUUUCUUCAGCCUCCACACGCAACUUCCCACUACUAUCCAUGACGAGACCUAUUCCUACCCUAGUCAUCCUUUUAUUCCUGACAUACCUAUCGAGAGCCUUUGGGUUGUCCCUAAUCCUAUCAACCAAGGACUUUUCAUGUCCCCUCCUUGCUGCUCUUAGCUCUCUCUUGAGAUCCUUCCUGACUACCUUAUAACUCUCAAUCACCCCAAUUGAACCUUCACGCCUCAUCUUUACAUAGGCCGCCCACUUCCCUUUAACAAGGGAUUCCAAUUCCUUUUUAAACCACGGCUCCCUCACACAACUCUUUCCUCGCUGCCUGACAGGUACAUACUCAUCAAGGACACUCAGUAGUUGUUCCUUGAACAAGCUCCACAUAUUGAUUGCACCCUUCCCUUGAAGCCUACUUUUCCAAGCCACGCAUCCUAAGUCAUGACUCACCGCAUCAUAAUUUCCCUGACCCCAGCUAUAACUCUUGCCCUGUAGAGCACACUUAUCCCUCUCCAUCACUGGAGUAAAAGUCACCGAAUUGUGGUCACUGUUCCCAAAGUGCUCACCUACCUCCAAUUCUAACACCUGGCCUGGUUCGUUACCCAGAACCAAAUCCAGUAUGGCCUCACCUUUUGUUGGCCUGUCUAUUGUUUCAGGAAGCCCUCCUGCACACAUUGGACAAACACCGACCCAUCUAACGUACUCGAGCUAUAGCUUUCCCAGUCAAUAUCUGGAAAGUUAAAGUCCCCCAUAACAACCAUCCUAUUACUUUCACUCUUCUCCUGAAUCAUCCUCACAGUACUUUCUUCUAUGUCUCUCGGACUAUUAGGAGGCCUGUAGAAAACUCCUAACAGGGUGGCCUCACCUUUCCUAUUUCUAAGCUCAGGCCAAACUACCUCAGAUGGCGAGUCUUCAUCCAUCGUCCUUUCCACUGCUGUAAUACUAUCUUUGACAAGCAAUGCCACACCUCCCCCUCUUUUACACCUACCUGUGACCCUACUAAAACAUUUAAACCCUGGAACCUGCAACAACCAAUCUUGUCCCUGUUCUACCCAUGUCUCCGUUAUAGCCAGAACAUUGAACUCCCAAGUACCAACACACGCUGCAAGUUCACCUACCUUGCACGUCCAUCCCAUAAUUUCACCCCAUCCCCUGCCUCCUGCCAGCUGUAAACUGAUGGGGGACGGUCUCAGUUUGGGGGAAAGAAGGAGGAGGAGAGAAGAAACAAAUAGAAGCUCAAUUGUGAAGAGGGACUGACUGGGUAGAAUGAGGUGUGAGCUGCAGGAACCCGGGGACCUUCCUGCCUGUAAUGUUGCUCCACAGGCGGGAGGUGGCGCUCCAUGACGGUGAUGGAGAUGAAUCAAUCAGUGGGCCUCAGUCUGGGCUCAGGGGAGUCUUUCCAGGGGGUGCACCAAAUCGUUUCCCUGCAGGGUCAGUGGAGUGUUUCCGGGGGGAAAUUUAAAUCAUUUCACUGCAGAGUCGGUAUGGUCUUUGUGGGGGGACUGGGCUCAAUCAAAAUAAACAUUUCAGAAUGAUCUUCUUUAGACUUCCAUCAUGAGUCAGUAAUGUACAUGAUUUAGUAACAUAGCGAGACUGGUUUUGUUUUGUUUUCAGUUUGUAACUGUUGUCCAGAAUUUUGCUGCUCUUUCAUAAAUUUGGAAAAUUUGAAAACCUCAGAUUUGAAAGGGAUGGGUGAACUGAUCAUUUAUGUCAUAAUCAGAUAAUAUUUAACCCUGUUUGAAAGCAUUCCGCUGGUACAAACUGCAAUGUAGUUGGAAUUACAGUUAUCACUUGUCCCUGAGUUAUUAUCUAUCAUCAUUAUCUGCACUGAGAGAAUCCUUACGUCAGCCCAAGGAAAAUGCAUGUUUGAUAAAAAUCAUUAAUUACUCUCGCACUCUGUGCGCAGAACCAAUUCAGAUUUUUGCAAUGUUUGCAUUUAUGUCAUUAUAAUUUAUAUUG